AUGCGCAAAUCUCCGCCAGGUUCCAGUGGGCAGUCGCCACGGACCAUGAUACCACCACCAAGUCCGUUCACGAUGUCGCAUCCGGUUGCUCGCACGACUACUCUGGCGGCGCCUACUGGCCCACAGCUUGGCUCCCGUUCACCUGGGUAUUCUUCGAACUCUUAUAGCCAUUCCACUUCACCAAGUACGGCAUCUGGAAGCCUGCCGGACCACAACCACGAUGGCGCGAGCCUGAUGAUAUCCCCUACUCAGAUAUCGUCCGCGAACUUGAACGCGCAAAAACGCGCAUACAGACAGAGACGUAAGGAUCCCUCGUGCGAUGCUUGUCGAGAACGCAAAGUCAAGUGCGAUGCAACCGAGACAUCGGCUUGUUCAGAAUGCUCGAGCCGUAACCACAGGUGUCAAUUCACCAAGGAGACCAACCGGCGAAUGUCAUCCAUCAAACAGGUCCAGGAUCUUCAGAGUCAGAUUGCCGAGUUGACUCAUGUCAACUCUCAGCUGCGCACCAAGGUCUCCGAUGGUGAGCCUUUAGAUCCCGAACGGACAGACACGAAGCGCAGGCUUUCUGAAGCUCAGAUUGGCGCCAUACCGGGACCACGUCCGAUCACAAUGCCAGCCUUGAACAACUUCGACCAGGUCCGCAGCAACAUCCGAACACAUGCCCAAGGCAUAUUUUCUACACCCCAUCACGAUCCAAAGGGCGCUGGAUUGACAAAUUGGCGGUCAACCGAGAUACCAACACGCGCAGACUUUGCGUACCUCGCUCGCUCAUACAUGGAGACGAUACACGAGUCGUAUCCUGCUGUUCACUGGCCCACUUUUCAGCGAGAAGUGGACGAAGUGUACACUUCGAAAACAUUCGAGGGUUGCUCUCGUGAAUGGGUCGGAUUAUUCUUUGCGGUAUUGGCUUGUGGCGCUUUGCAAGCUGAACCGGCGCACACCAACUCUCCUACCUCAGUGUCAAAGGGCCAGGCAAUGUAUGAGACCGCGACUGCUGUUCUCCAGUCCUGGCCGCAUGAUGUCUCAGUUACAUAUGCCCAAGCAGCACUUCUGUUGAGCAUCUACGCUACUGAGUGCAACUUGGGCCCUGCGGGCUCUAUGUGGCUCGCCUCUGCCGCGAGAAUGGCUCAGGAAUUGCAAAUAUGCCCUGAAGUCGAUGUCUGGCCUCUUGUCGACGGUGAGAUCCGACGUAGGCUCUGGUGGUCCAUCUACGUUCGCGAUAGGAUCAUGUCGCUUGAGACAGGCAAGCCUAUGAUCAUCAACGAAAUCGACUGCGAAAUAUCUCUGCCAUCCGCCGUGGACGACCGCUACAUCCAACCGAACAGUUCCUUCCGCUCGUUAGCGAAGCCAACUCACUAUACUGGGUUCAUGGCGAACAUACACAUCACACGCCUAUAUGCGCCACUGCGGCAAAUUCUCAAAUCAAGCGUAGUUCUCCCACAGAGCCUACAAAGCUUUGAUGAAGAGCUUCGACUUAAGUUGCUGCUCCUUCCUGAAGCCUACCAGCCUGAUUCCAAUACACUGUUCGACAUGUCGGCACUGCCUACAAUCUUUUGCUUGUUGUCCGCUCGCUUUAGUGUGUACCGGCGCAAUCUGACUCCAGUAGCCGGUCUCGCGGAGCGAGUGAGUGCUCUAAAGCGGUGCUUUUCUGUUUCUCAAGACACGGCAACGUAUGUGUCAAGGGCCUUGCACAAUCCUCCCAAACAGGAUUCUGGAAAAACAUGGGAAGAGCUAGUAGCUUCGAUAGCGAGCAAUGCCGUAUGUUUGCACUUGUGGAGAUGUAUACUUGUGCUAUGCUUCCGUGGCGAGUACAAGGCUGCACUCGUUUGCUUGCAUCUCUCUAGGGCUAUUGGCAAUCGACGGAAGGUCAACACGGCGUGCGGAAAGCACGUGGUAUUCUUCCUCGAAAGGAUGUUCGACAGAGUGCGUACCGGGCGCGCAAGCAGUCAUCAGCUCGAGCAGGAUGAGGAGAUGAUCGCGUACGUCAGUGCGGACGCUCAAAGCAGCCUUGAGCAUUCUUGGGUUUGGGCGGGUGAUAAUUUGAUCUCUUCGAGCAUGAAGCCAGACCCGACCCCCAUCGCUACAAGAUCGCCGAGCGGCGAUGAACCGAUGCGGGACGCACUACCAUUGCGCACGUCAUCUGGUUCACCGAUGAACACUACAACUGAACCGGAUGAGUGGAGCAAGGUUGAGCAAAUGGUCAAGCAGCUGAUGGAUGAGCUCCUUCAUCGAUCCACGCAAUCGCCUGCCUACUAUCCUCCACCCCAUAAUCCUGUUAAGCGCGUGCAGUUGGCACCGGAAGCACCACCACCACCAAAGAUGGCGCCAAACCCAAGUCCGACACCGUCAGGCACAAGUCGCAUCAGCAUUGCGAACAUUAUAUGA